GCAAGAUAUUAUAAACUAAUAAAUUAGCAUGCUUAUCGCCCAAACAAACUCGAGCCCUUCCCUGUCCAGCAUAACUUUCCGUUUGAUGCUUGACCAUGUAUUUGUUGUAAACCCAGGUCGUGCAAGGCAUUAUUGCAAUCUUAUCUACUGCGUCAAACGUCAGCGUUCAUUCUUGCUCAGAAAUCCUUCACUCAUUUCUAGGGCCAAUUACGCACACAUCAAUUACAAUUAAUCCCCUCAACUGUAAUUAAUCCCAUCAACUCACUAACCCAAUUACUUAUUUGCCCUGAAAUUGUUUGUUUUUUGGAAUAUCCAUGACUCUUGCAGAUAUUGUCUGUGGCUGACGCAAGUAAUACCAUUCCCAAGUGUAUUUCGCAUAAAAAAUGGCAUUGUCAAACUUUAUCUACAGAAGUAAUGAUCAUUGAAAUGUGGGAAUGUGACAAGGCUGACGUAUUUUCUCCACGAAUUCAAUGAUUUGUACUUAAGUGGAAUAAGGGGAACUACAUAGAUCAAUAUCAAUAGACUUAUCACUGGGAAACGAAACUACACACAACACACCUCAAACAACAAGGGUAUUUAAUAUAUUAAUUAGAUUUAUGUACGUGUUUAUGAAAAAUCAUGCUGCCAAAUCAUGAUUAAAAACCUUCCAAGAGGGAUCAACUUGUCUCCUCGGAUCUGGAGGGAUUUAUUUAUUUACUUCUAUGUCAUGAUAACGGGACGACAUUUUCAUAUAAAAAUGAAACCAAAGUUUAUGUAACUCAGUAAUAUUCGUAUUCUCGAUCAAGCCGAAGCUAAAUCGAUCCCCUCAAAAAGUCCAACUAAAAAAUAUGAAGUCAAUCAUCAUUGCAGUCUCAUUUCUGCUGGCCGCAGUUUCCGCCACUCCCACCGGUCUGAAAAAUGGCAGAAAUGUGGGAAUUUUAGGCGUGGUCGAUACCACGCGAUGUGGAGGCGUUGGGACGCAACGCCAACUGAGGAUUAGCGGUUGUGAAGGAAGAUGCAGUCUUACCCCUGGUCGAGUUUACGAAUGCGAGAAUGAUUUCAUGCCAAGCUCAGCCGCUCCAUCGUUGAACCUUCGUGUAGAAGUCUGCACUACUACCGGCUUCUGUAUGAUCAUCAUUGACACCGAGCUGCAGGGGUCAUCUGUUCAGCCUGGAUACCUCUACACGGCCAAGUACACGAUGGUUCCAAACGACAUUUUGGCAGGACAAACUGUCGAAUUCCGUGGAUAUAUAACCCAUACGGAUAACCAGCUUUUGGAGAUCUGUGUUAGCGCAUUCAUCGACAUUGUUGGUAUUGGACCAACGACACCAACGCCGAGUCCAACUACUCAAGGAACAACUACUCAAGGCACAACUACUCAAGGAACGACUACUCAAGGAACGACUACUCAAGGAACAACUACACAGGGUACAACUACUCAAGGUACAACUAUUGGAACAACUCAAGGCACAACUACACAAGGAACUACACAAGGAACAACUACCCAAGGACUCAAGGCUCGCUAAACCACUAUACGACGAAUGAAAUAAUCAAUUUGUGUUUAUUAAUCAACAGUGCUAAAGGCUUGACACAAAGACAUAUAUAUUCAUGUAAAUAUAAUUUGCGUGCAUUUUUUACGAAUUUUUGCUGCAUACUUUCUUUAUAUUUUUUAUUAUUUUUUAACCAGUACGACCUUAUUCGAGAUUACCCAAAUUUUUUGAAAUCACAAUGCAAUCCAGCCAGAGUCGGUCAGAACUGACGAGUGACGACUGGGUCCAACAUCAUACUUACCUUGUUUCUUCGUGCAUGCAUGAAAUACAUAGACAUGAAAUAGACUGACAUAUAUUAAGGCAAGCAAAUCUACCAUUUCUUAAAAUUUUGUAUUUCUUAAAUUAUGUACGAGUUUACUAAAAUUAAAUGCAAUUCGGGCUAACAUAAAAAAAAUAAUGGAUGCCAGAUUUUUGAGAAAGACAUUCAUUGCAAAGGUUGUAUGCAAAAUGUAGCACUUGUUGUAGUAUUGUUAGCUUAAAUAACAAAUACCAAUCAAAUCAUAAAAUAUAGUACUAAUUAACUGAGGUGAUAUCGUAAUUUCGUAAUCAAUCUACUUAUGAUGAUAAUUAAUUGCUAUUCUCCAACGAACACAUGACGAGGCUAUUGCC